AUGUCUAAAUCUGCUCUGGUAUUCGGCGCCUCGGGUGUCACAGGCUGGUCCUUCGUCAACGAGCUUCUGAACGACUAUCCCAAGAAAGGUAUCUGGGGCAAAGUCCACGCAUUAACUAAUCGCCCUCUUUCGCAGAAGCAAUCGCAAUGGCCUGACGAUCCACGAUUGAAUAUCGUAUCUGGAGUCGACCUUCUCAAAGGCGCUCAGGAGGAUCUCGAGGCAAUUCUAAAGGAAAAAAUCAAGGGCAUUGAGGAUGUCACACAUGUUUACUAUUUGGCCUAUAAAGCUAGCACAGAUCUCCAGAAAGAGCUGGUAGAGGCGGUUGCAAUGUUUAAGAGGAGUAUAAUUGCGAUGGACCGCCUUUCGAUGAAGCUUGAAUUCGUGGUGCUGCAGACUGGGGCGAAGAUGUAUGGAUGCCAUCUACUCGAAAACCACCCAACAGACUACCUCCACGUCCCCCACAAAGAAUCUCAACCGCGGCUCAAACAACCCUACCAUGACAUGCUCUUUUACCACCCGCAACUUGAUUGGAUCACCGAGUACGCGAAAGAGAAGUCCUGGUCAUGGUGCGAUACUCGCCCCGAUAUAAUCAUCGGAUUCGUUCCAAACCAGAACUUUUACUCCUUGGGUACUGUUGUUGGGAUCUAUUUGUCGCUGUGGCGUGAGGUAGAGGGCGAAGGAUCAGAGUGUCCUUUCCCAGGCACAGAGAAGAGUUGGGUUGCAAAAAGUAUCGACAGUUCCUCCGACAUGAUUUCGCGUCAAACUCUUCAUCUCUCCCUUUCCUCUUCCACAGAAAAGGGGGGUGGGUACAACGUCGCCGAUGCUAAAUACCCAUCAACCUGGUCCACUAAAUGGCCGACACUCUGCUCAUAUUUUGGCCUCAGGGGCACCGGGCCAGUCUCUAAUCCUCCAGAAAUUAGAAAGUAUAUCAAGGAGCAUAUGGACACAUGGGAAAAGCUAGAGCGAGAGAAGGAGUUACAAACUGGACAUGCAGAUUCUCCGAAGAUUUUCCCAGGGUUUGAGUACUUUUUAAUGACACAGUUCGAUUUUGAUAGGCAUUAUGAUAUGACCAAGAUGUAUAGGACUGGAUUUACGGAGGAGAGGAAUACGGCACAGGCUUGGGGAGGCGUCUUUGAUCGAAUGAAGAAGGCAAGGAUUAUUCCAUGA